AUGGUCAGGCGAAAGGUCCCAUUCUCCGACUUCGAACUGAAUUGCAUCAUCGUGGAUCUUUCGCAUGAAGACAUCCAGAUCCCGUCGACGGCCACCAUUUGCACGCAGCCUCUUCCUUUCACUAUCGACUGGCUGAUGCUCAACACCGAGACAGGCUGGCGCUAUGUGACAGAGCUUCGGACGGACGAGUAUCCCAUGGUGAGUUAUUCGGUUGCCAAGCAUGGGUGGAGUUCUGGGUACACCUCCCAAGCAAGAACGAUCCUAACGACCUCGGUCACGGUGCGGGAGUCCGGUGGGGAAGCGCCGUGUACGUGGAGGCAUUUUACCGGCUCCCCUCCCACACUCGGGAAGCCAGUUGCUGCAACCAUCCUCUUAAAAGAUCCGGUGGUCAUGGUCACCUUAACCAGGGGCAUCUUGCCGCAGUUCUUUGACCUCUUUACCAGUAUGGGUGGCUUCUUGUCCAUGACCACCCUGGUCUUUGCGGCUGUCUUUGUAAAGCGCUAUCCCCAAAGCGACGUUGCCGUUGUUUUCGAACAGCGGACGCUCUUUGGAAGACAGGCAUCCGGAAAUCCGGACUCGGGAGAUCCAGAU